UUAUCAGUGCAUUAGCCUUUUUAAGUAUACUCCCCUCCGAGCUAAUAGUAGUCAUGACACCCUUCUUUCUUCUUCAACUACUGAUUUCUGUGUCGCUGACAUUGGCAAGUAGUCAUGACUACCAUGAGGCUUUGAGCAAAUCUAUUCUCUUCUUUGAAGGGCAGAGGUCCGGGAAGCUCCCCCCGGACCAGAGAGCCGGAUGGCGUGGAGACUCCGCGCUGUCCGACGGCUCGGAGGCCGGGGUCGACCUCACCGGAGGCUACUACGACGCCGGCGACAACGUCAAGUUUGGCUUCCCUAUGGCCUUCACCACCACGAUGCUGUCAUGGAGCGUUAUCGAGUUCGGCGAACUGAUGCCGACCGACGAGCUCCGCAACGCCGCGGUGGCCAUCCGAUGGGCCACGGAUUACCUGCUGAAGACCAUCUCCCACCCCGGCCUUGUUUUCGUUCAGGUGGGGAAUCCUAUAAGCGACCACAACUGCUGGGAGCGGCCGGAGGACAUGGACACGGCGCGGACGGUGUACAACGUGAGCGCAGACAGACCGGGGUCGGAGGUGGCGGGCGAGACGGCGGCCGCAUUGGCGGCAGCGUCCAUGGUGUUCCGUGACAUUGAUCCAGGCUACUCCCAGACGCUGUUGGAGAACGCCAUGAGGGCGUUCGAGUUCGCCGACACCUACAAGGGGGCUUACAGCGAUGACCCGCAGCUCAAAGCUGGAGUGUGCCCCUUCUAUUGUGACUUCGAUGGGUAUCAGGAUGAGUUACUAUGGGGAGCAGCAUGGCUAAGAAGGGCCUCACAAAAUGACUCUUUCCUCGACUACAUCCAAAACAAUGGUAAAACUCUCGGAGCAGAUGACAACAUCAAUGAGUUUGGGUGGGACAACAAGCAUGCCGGCCUCAAUGUUCUUGUCUCCAAGGAGUUCAUGGAAGGACAAGCUCUCUCUCUGGAAUCCUACAAAGAGUUUGCCGACAGCUUUAUGUGUACACUCAUUCCAGAGUCUUCAUCCUCACACAUCCAGUUCACUCCUGGUGGGCUCAUCUACAGGCCCGGAGGUAGCAAUAUGCAGCAUGUGACCUCCAUCUCCUUCCUUCUCCUAACCUAUGCCAAGUACCUCUCCAAGUCAUCGCAGACCGCGAAUUGCGGCAGCAUCCAAGUUGACCCAUCAUCCCUUCAGCUUCAAGCAAAGAAACAGGUCGAUUAUUUGUUAGGCGACAACCCCAUGAACAUGUCAUAUAUGGUUGGAUAUGGCGAUCGAUACCCGCAGAGAAUUCACCACCGGGGUUCUUCGUUGCCGUCAGUGUCGAGCCACCCUCAGUUUAUUGCAUGCAAGGAUGGCUCAGACUACUACAAGUCUGCUAACCCUAACCCUAAUCCCCUCGUCGGCGCGGUGGUCGGCGGGCCGGGCGAAGAUGACGUUUACGAGGAUGAUCGUGCCGAUUUCCGGAAAUCCGAGCCGACUACCUACAUCAAUGCUCCAUUAGUUGGAGUCCUGGCAUACUUUGUGGCAAACCCUAAUGCCGGCCUCGUGCUGACUUAGGCAUGAAUGAAGAAUUAAUAUGUACAUAAAUGAAAACAAGAAGAAGAAAGAAAACAAAUAGAAGAGAGAGUGCCUCAGAGAUCUGAUUGAACACCCUAAAUAUACCACCAUAUGUUUACCUAACCGAAGAGUGAGGAUCGUUUUCGGUGCAUACAACCCGAAGGUUUUCUUGAGGGAGAUGUAUUGCAAGUCAAGCUUUAUUUUGUUUUGUUUUGGUUUUUUUUUUCCACAUGAAUUAAAUGUAUUACAUUUCAUAGUUAUAUAAAUCAUAUUGUGCUCUAUGUUCA